UCAAUAUUAUAUGUAUAUACAAUAUAUUAUAAAACUGAGGGCGGGGGCCAGGUAAAUGACAUUGGAGGGCCGCAUCCGGCCCCCGGGCCUUAGUUUGGGGACCCCUGGUCUAUACUGCCAUUUAAUCCACAGCAGAUAAUCUGGAUUCAGAAGCUGGAAAGUGGGAUUUUGGGCUGAAGGUAUGCAUCAAAAGGUAUGUAUUUUAAUGCCUCUCUCUCGCUCCCAUCUUCCCACUGCAGCACAGGCAUGGUUGUGCCAUUGCGCAGGAAAACAAGGACGGCCUUUUUUUACUCCACUCUCAUUCUCUGCAGUUUCUUAAGACCCCGGAAGAAGGAAAAACACAACGCAAGGAAGAGCGGUAAACGGCACCUGGGAUUCCCUUCAGGGCCCAGAACUGUCAUUGAAACACCGUUCUUGGCACAAGGACGGCAUACAAAUGCCAAGCUGAGCAUCUUCCGUCCUUCUCUUGGUUGGAAGUCGAGGCAGAAAUAGAUUGUCCCGUCAAAAACAUGGCUCACCUUGCAGCAAAUAAAGUUGUCAAGAGAUGUGCCUCCCCUUUGAAGCCUCUCCGGCAACAGCCGUGCGGUUGAAUUAAUGAGAGCUGAACAUUGUCCAGCGGAUGCUGCCUCGCUCGCCGCCUCCGCCACAAUUUUCUAAAUAAAGACCCUGUUGCGAGCCGCACAUCCUUCGCCCGCGGAGAAGAGGAUGGACUAGUUGGCACCGCGGCCAUGGCCUCGUCCCUCCGGAUUUGUGCCUUCGGCGUUUUUCUCCUCCUCGUCCAAGGAUCCCAAGGGGGAUUCCACCAACGGCAGCUGCUGAAGGACCUGAUGGAGGACUACACUCCCCUGGAAAGGCCCGUGGGGGACGAUGCCCAGCCCAUCACCAUCCACUUCACACUGAGCUUAAUGCAGAUCAUGGACGUGGAUGAGAAGAACCAAGUCCUGACCACCAACGUCUGGCUCCAGAUGUAUUGGUACGAUCAUUAUUUGCGGUGGAACGAGACGGAAUAUCCCGGCGUGAAGACUCUGCGCUUUACUCCGGACAGCGUCUGGAAGCCGGACAUCCUUUUGUACAACAGCGCCAAUGAGGAGUUCGACUCCACUUUCCACACUCACGUCUUGGUCAACUCCAGCGGAUAUUGCCAGUGGCUUCCUCCAGGCAUCCUCAAAAGCACUUGCCGGAUCGACGUGCGCUGGUUCCCCUUCGACACCCAGAAGUGCGACCUCAAGUUCGGCUCCUGGACCUACGACGGGUGGCUCCUGGACCUGCGCAUGAUGGAGUCGGACACCUCCGGAUACGUGGCCAACGGCGAGUGGGACCUCGUGGGCGUUCCAGGCACUCAGAACAAGGUCUUCUAUGAAUGCUGCCGGGAGCCCUACCUGGACGUCACCUUCGCGGUGACCAUGCGCCGGCGGACGCUUUACUACGCCCUCAACAUGCUGGUCCCCUGCCUCCUGCUCUCCGCCAUGACUUUCCUCGUCUUCCUUUUGCCGGCCGACUCCGGCGAGAAGAUUUCUCUGGGCAUCACCGUCCUCCUUUCGCUCACCGUCUUCAUGCUUCUGGUGGCGGAAGUCAUGCCGGCCACCUCGGACUCCAUCCCGCUUAUAGGGCAAUACUUUGUCAUGACCAUGACCAUGGUGGCCCUCUCGGUGGUGGCCACGGUCUUCGUCCUCCAGUACCACCACCACGAUCCCGAUGGCGGCUGCAUGCCCCGAUGGGUGCAGGUGGUGGUGCUGCGUUGGGGUGCCUGGUUGCUGCGCAUGCGCCAACCCGGGGAGGACCCCGUGGGGCGGCCCCACUGCACCCCGAGCCUCCUGAGCUGCAGUUCGGAGAGCAGCGACGGCGGAGGCACGCCGACCCCGGUGCUCCCCGUGGCCAACGGCGGGCUGUCCUACGGGGGUCCCUUCCCCGCCAAGCCCCCCGAGGUGCCCCGGCCCUUCCUGCCCUCCCCGGAGCCCCCGGCCUCCACCCCGGAGGAGCUGCUCUCCAGCCCCGAACUGGGCCGCAUCCUGGAGGAGCUGCGCUACGUGGCCCGGUGUUUCCGGGGCCGCGACGCCGCCCAGGCCGCCUGCAGCCAGUGGAAGUUUGCGGCGGCCGUCGUGGACCGGCUCUGCUUGGUCACCUUCGUCCUCGUCCACAUCGUCUGCUCCAUCGGCAUCCUCAUGGCCGCCCCCAACUUCGCGGAGGCCAUUACGAAGGACUUCCUGUGAAUCUACUUAGACUUUCUUCCCUCCCGACGGUCCAAACUGGGUCCCUCUCCCUUCGCAAGAAGAUUGUUUGACCUUCUGGAAGCAUCUUGGAGACGUUGUGUUCCUUGGCCCAGAUCUAUCCCAAGGUGGACUCCAUAGGGGGUUAUGGGUCCUAUAGCCCUGUAUCCGCCAAUAUUAUCCUCUGGUGGCCUAGGGGAUAAAAGCCUCGUGACUUCAAGUUCGGGUUGCUGACCUGAAGGCUGCCAGGUUCGAAUCCCACCCGGAGAGAGCGUGGAUGAGCUCCCUCUCUCAGCUCCAGCUCCAUGCGGGGACAUGAGAGAAGCCUCCCACAAGGAUGGUAAAAAAAUCAAAACAUCCCCUGGGCAACGUCCUUGCAGACAGCCAAUUCUCUCACUCCAGAAGCAACUCCGGUUGCUCCUGACCCUCUGUAUCCACCAAUAUUAUCCAACUGAGUUUAGAAAAGUUCCUUUUUGGGACCCAGGAUCCCCCAGUCAGCAUGGUCAGUUGACUCCAAUUGACAAGAGUUGAUGUAUGUCUUUCGGGCUCUGUGGCCAUGUUCCAGAAGUAUUCUCUCCUGAUGUUUCGCCCACAUCUAUGGCAGGCAUCCUCAGAGGUUGUGAAGAAUAUAUCUCCAUGUUCCAGAAGUAUUCUCUCCUGACGUUUUACCCACAUCUAUGGCAGGCAUCCUCAGAGGUUGUGAGGAAUAUAUCUCCAUGUUCCAGAAGUAUUCUCUCCUGACGUUUUACCCACAUCUAUGGCAGGCAUCCUCAGUGGUCGUGAGGAAUAUAUCUCCAUGUUCCAGAAGUAUUCUCUCCUGACGUUUCGCCCACAUCUAUGGCAGGCAUCCUCAGAGGUUGUGAGGAAUAUAUCUCCAUGUUCCAGAAGUAUUCUCUCCUGACGUUUCGCCCACAUCUAUGGCAGGCAUCCUCAGAGGUCGUGAGGAAUAUAUCUCCAUGUUCCAGAAGUAUUCUCUCCUGACGUUUCGCCCACAUCUAUGGCAGGCAUCCUCAGAGGUCGUGAGGAAUAUAUCUCCAUGUUCCAGAAGUAUUCUCUCCUGACGUUUUGCCCACAUCUAUGGCAGGCAUCCUCAGAGGUCGUGAGGCAUGGAGAAACUAGGCAAGGAAGGUAAAUAUAUAUCUGUGGAGAGUCCAGGGUGUGACAAGAGUCCUUUGUCAGUUGGAAGCCAGCAUUGAUGUUUCAGUUAAUCACCCUAAUUAGCAUUGGAAAGGUAUUAAAAGGUUUUUUAAUACUGGCUACCAGUAUUAAAAAAACUCUAAAAUCAAAACAGUAGAUGGGAAGCAACACUCUGAGGGCAGAGGAGCCCCAAGGACGGCUAAUGACUGAACAAAGGUUGUCCCCAGGCAAGAGACGAACCUUUCCAAUGCUAAUUAGGGUGAUUACCUGAAACAUUAAUACUGGCUGCCCAGUGACACAGGACUCUUGUCACACCCUGGACACUCUUGUCCCAUCCUUUUUGUCUUGUUUUUAUUUAUGUUGCACUUUGAAAUGGUCAUAUGACUGGUCAAAUAAAUAAAUUAUUAUUAUUAUUAUUAUUAUUAUUUUAUUAUGACACAGCAAACAAGAUAGAUGUGCUGGAUUUCGUUUCACAAAAUCACAAGUCGAACACUUCCCAAGUGUCUAGGACUGUGUGAUGUAUUUUCGGAUGAUGCGUGCAGAUCCCAGUCGGGUGGCCUUUUGCAGUUGGCAGAUCGUAAUUUUGUCAAUGUCUAUUGUUUCCAAAUGCCGGCUGAGAUCUUUUGGCACGGCACCCAGUGUGCCCAUCACCACUGAGUUUUUCCUGUUGUUUUUCGUCAAUGUGACUGUCUGGGAUGGCAACAUCAAUGAUCCAAACCUUUUUCUUUUCCACAACUGUGAUGUCUGGUGUGUUGUGUUCCAGAACUUUGUCAGUCUGGAUUCGGAAGUCCCACAGUAUCAUAUGACUGGUCAAACAAAUAAAUUAUUAUUAUUAUUAUUAUUAUUAUUAUUAUUAUUAUUAUUAUUAUUAUUAAUACUGGCUUCCCAGUGACAAAGGACUCUUGUCACACCCUGGACUCUCCACAGAUAUAUAUUUACCUUCCUUGCCUUGUUUAUCCAUGCCUCACAACCUCUGAGGAUGCCUGCCAUAGAUGUGGGUGAAACGUCAGGAGAGAAUGCUUCUGGAACAUGGAGAUAUAUUCCUCACGACCUCUGAGGAUGCCUGCCAUAGAUGUGGGCGAAACGUCAGGAGAGAAUGCUUCUGGAACAUGGAGAUAUGUUCCUCACAACCUCUGAGGAUGCCUACCAUAGAUGUGGGCGAAACGUCAGGAGAGAAUGCUUCUGGAACAUGGAGAUAUAUUCCUCACAACCUCUGAGGAUGCCUGCCAUAGAUGUGGGCGAAACGUCAGGAGAGAAUACUUCUGGAACAUGGAGAUAUGUUCCUCACAACCUCUGAGGAUGCCUACCAUAGAUGUGGGCGAAACGUCAGGAGAGAAUGCUUCUGGAACAUGGAGAUAUAUUCCUCACAACCUCUGAGGAUGCCUGCCAUAGAUGUGGGUGAAACGUCAGGAGAGAAUGCUUCUGGAACAUGGAGAUAUAUUCCUCACGACCUCUGAGGAUGCCUGCCAUAGAUGUGGGCGAAACGUCAGGAGAGAAUGCUUCUGGAACAUGGAGAUAUGUUCCUCACAACCUCUGAGGAUGCCUACCAUAGAUGUGGGCGAAACGUCAGGAGAGAAUGCUUCUGGAACAUGGAGAUAUAUUCCUCACAACCUUUGAGGAUGCCUGCCAUAGAUGUGGGCGAAACGUCAGGAGAGAAUGCUUCUGGAACAUGGCCACACAGCCCGAAAGACAUACAACAACCCUGUGAUCCCGGCCAUGGAAGCCUUCGACAACAGUCUGGACUCGGAUCGAGAGAAGUCAUACCUACUUUUCAUUCCAGAAUCCGAAGCUUGUUUUUUUCCUUCAGCCUCCGUGGAUCCAAAUUCCCACCUCCUGUGAUUUCCGAAACCAGUUUUGGCAAUACCGAAUCCUUGAAAUUUGGAGAACCAUUGAUACAGUUCGAAUGGAGAACAUCCUUUUGUGGCCUCCCAUCGUGUUAUGGUCAGGGCAGUAUGCAAUAAAAUACCUGGAGCACUUUGA